CAUGGUGCUCGGAACUAGUUCUCUGCUAUUGACAACGGUGCUGGCGUGGAUCACGCCGCUUUCAGAAGCGGUCGGACCCGUGAUCCGAUGCGAACCGUGUGAUGUUGGUGCGCGACUGCUCUGCAAGCCGAUCCCUAAAGACUGCAAGGAGAUAGUGCGAGAGCCUGGCUGCGGCUGCUGUUUGACUUGUGCUCUCAACCAGGGGCAGCCGUGCGGAGUAUACACAGGAAGGUGCGGCUUGGGCUUGAGUUGUCAGCUCCAGCCAGGCGAAACCAAACCACUGCAGGCAUUACUGGAGGGACGUGGACUAUGUACCAACGUGACAAACAGAAGGGCCAGCACGACGCCGACUGCAGACAACCAAGAAAAAGUGAAUGCUGGAGGUCUGGAGGAAGGGGGCAUCAAUAACACAAGCAGCGUGCAGGUCCCAGCAGGUCGUCAGCCAUGGGUAGACCUCUCCAGGUUCACAGCACAGCGCCACACACUUUAUCAGAACCAUGCCAAGGCUGAGCUAAUCCAGAGAGAGCUUGCCAAGAAAGCCCAAAGCUUCAAAAUGGAGGAGGUUCCAAGUGUGACGGGCCCAGAUCAACAGAACUGUUCUUUUGAGACGAAACUGGAGCCAGAGUAUGGCCCGUGUCGCAGGGAGAUGGAGAGUGUUCUAAAUGGACUAAAGAUCAGCGACAUUCUCAACCCCAAAGGAUUCAGAAUCCCUAACUGCGACAAGAAAGGUUUCUACAAGAAAAAACAGUGUCGUCCCUCUAAAGGGAGAAAGCGGGGCUUCUGCUGGUGUGUGGAUAAGUACGGACAGCCUCUUCCCGGUUUAAAUGGGAAGGAGAGAGGCGACGCCCAGUGCUAUAACCUGGACAACCAAUAGUGUGUUGAGACAAAGAAAAAAAAAACAGAGAGAGAAAGAGAGAAGGAGAACUGUGAUGAGGCACUCUAAGGACGCUGGGGGAAGUGAAAAGUCAGGGCUCACCUGCUUAGACACCCAGCCCUGCUUUUAGAGACUCACCUAUUGGACCUUAUGAGGAAGAGGAACAUGGUAUGCAUGGUCUUUCCAAAAAAGGUUUGAAGAUGUGAUUCCAUUCCUCAUGUGUUUUACAUGCUCUCAUUCUCCAGAUCCAGAGUAAGCCAACUGAAACCCUGAGAAAGAGAGAGAGAAAGAGAGAGAGAGAGAGAGAGAGAGA